AUGGCCGGGCAAGCCGUGCUUCUUAUGUUGUUUCUGGGUUUGUUUCGGUACUUCUUCAUGACAUCGUCACCGGGCACUCGUGCUCAGCAGCAAGCAGACCUGCUCCAGCGCGUGCAUGCUGUACGCACAUCCAUGGACAUGCGCAGUCAUGUGCCUCCCUAUGCGCGUGUGCCGUAUGAGCAAGGCGUCCAGGCAUGUGUGCAGGAUCUACUUUCACAAGUGCGGUACGAUCCAUCUGAGCACGCGCCCGAGUCUCUCGACUGGCUCAACGUCCUUGUAGCGCAGCUCCUCAUGAGCUACCGCAUGAGCAUCCUCAAUGCAGGCAUGUGCGCUGGGAGGAACGAGGACAUGGAUGAACCAGCCCUCCCGUCCACGGCCAAUGCAGAAAAGACCGCCGCGAAGCUAGCCUUGGAACGUGUGCUGAACGAAGCUAUGCAGGGACGCGCGACGAAGCAUUUUCUCGAUAGGCUGGUCGUGACUGACAUCGACAUGGGAUGCCGCUAUCCGACAUUCUCACACGCUCGUGUGCGUCCCGCACUGCAUGCAAAAAGCACACUUGUGGAAAUUGACUUUGAGUACAUGGAUGCACUUACACUCGGCAUUGAUACGCGCAUGUGGCUUCACUUUCCGCAGUGGCGCUUUGGCUCUCUUGCAGCGAAUUUGUGCAUGCGUGUUGAGCGGUUCGCCGGCACGCUCGUGCUCGAGAUCGGAACGCUCCCUGAACCUACGCCGGUCCAGGCACGAGUGUGUUUGCAUCCGAAUUUUGUGCUAGACGCCCAUCUGUCGACGAUUCUGGGCUCGAAAAGCAAGCUGCAGGACGUGCCAAAGAUCGAGGAGCUGUUUUUGGCUCGUCUCCGCUCGUGGCUUGAGCACAACGUUGUGUGGCCACAUUUCUGGCACAUACCCCUACCGGGCAUCGGCACGAGUCCGGCUGAUCCUCUAGCCUGA